CGAGCGUCGCGACGGCAGGAUGUGCCUUUGCUUCUUCGAUGACUCCCCGCACGAGAACGACGCGCGCGGCGGGCGCCAGAACAUGUUCAAGACGGGCAUGCAGGACGCCCCCUGCAAGGACCCGCUCGCCUGCUGCUGCGGCGGCCUGCCCUGCUUCCUGCCCUUCACGAACUGCUACAUGCGCCACAAGGCGCUCGAGGGCAACAUGGACGCGUACGUGUGCUGCCAGGGCUACUACGACCGCUGCUGCUUCAAGGCCGGCUCCAUCGGCGACCAGGGCAACCCCUGCUGCCUCGCCCUCGAGGGCUUCUGCUGCCUGUCCUGCUCGCUGAGCUCGACGCGCAUGUACGUCAUGGACAAGUACGACCUCCAGUCGGACCCCUGCGACCGGCGCAUCAUCCGCUUCAACAACUGCGUCCAGAUGCUUGCCUGCAUCUGCCACCUCGCGGCGAUGUUCGACCCGUCGUUCCGCGAUCUCGCGAACAUCCUCGACCUCAUCGCGGACAUCGUCUUCUACACGACGGCGGGCUGCAUGCACGCCCAGGUCCACUACGAGCUCACGGAGCGCGAGAAGAGCGGCACGCUCGCCGCCGUCUCCGCGGGCGGCGGCGGCCAGUUCGCCGCCGCGCCCAAGUACGAGCCCGAAUACCCGUCCGCGCCGCGGCCGCAGCAGAUGGCCCACCAGAACUACCCGCCCGCGGGCCAGCCCCGCACGUUCCCCGUCGUCAUCCCCGAGGGCGUCUACGCGGGCACGCAGCUCCAGGUCCAGGCGCCGAACGGCCAGACCAUGAUGUUCGCCGUGCCGCCGGGCGCGGCCGCGGGCCAGCAGGUCAUGGUGCCCUACUGAAGUCCCCCGAUGCCGACGCCCGGCGCCCCGCCCCGACGCACAAGCGCGCGGGGGCGAUCCCCGCGGCGUAAGGAGGCUGCUCUU